UCUAAGACAUGUUUUAUGCCACUUCUUUUUCUGUCUCAUUUUGUCCACCAAACUUUUAAUGUUGUGCAUGAAUGCACAAAGCGUGCGCGCGCGUGAUGGAGGAGCAUCAGCGGCUGCUGCGCGCUCACGCACACGCACAUGCACACGCCGAGGCUGAGGCGCGGGUCGGCAUGGACGGAAGUGGAGAGAUGCGAGAGAUGGGCGAGAUGGGAGACAUUUUGCAUGAAAUCAUGACCAUCACGGACCAAAGUCUGGACGAAGCUCAGGCCAGGAAACACGCUCUGAGCUGUGACCGCAUGAAGCCGGCGCUCUUCAGCGUGCUGUGUGAGAUCAAAGAAAAAACAGUGCUGAGUAUCCGUGGCCCUCAGGAGGAGGACCCCCCCGACGCCCAGCUCAUGAGGCUGGACAACAUGCUGCUGGCCGAGGGCGUGUCCGGGCCGGACAAGGGCGGAGUCUCGGUGGCGGCGGCGGUGGGGGGCGGAGUCGUCGCCGACAACUCCGUGGAGCACUCGGACUACCGAGCCAAGCUAACUCAGAUCCGACAGAUCUACCACACCGAGCUGGAGAAGUACGAACAGGCGUGCAGCGAGUUCACCAGCCACGUGAUGAACCUGCUGAGGGAGCAGUCGCGCAGCAGGCCCAUCUCGGCCAAGGAGAUGGAGCGCAUGGUGAGCAUCAUCCAUCGCAAGUUCAACUCCAUCCAGAUGCAACUGAAGCAGAGCACGUGUGAAGCUGUCAUGAUCCUGCGCUCGCGCUUCCUGGACGCCAGGACCACCAAGGAAGGACAUUGUGAUGCAGACGCAAAAGACGAAACUUCAACAAGCAGGCGACGGAGAUCCUCAACGAGUACUUCUACUCGCACCUCAGUAAUCCCUACCCCAGCGAGGAGGCCAAGGAGGAGCUGGCCAAAAAGUGCGCCAUCACCAUGGCACAGGUGUCCAACUGGUUUGGCAACAAAAGAAUCCGCUACAAGAAGAACAUUGGGAAGUUCCAGGAAGAAGCCAACGUGUACGCCGCCAGAACCGCCGUCAGCGCCACAAACGCGUCGUCAUCGUCGUCGCACAGAAGCCCAGCAGGUUCUCCAGCCACGCCCAACUCUGCAGGUUCCGCUGCCUCGUUUAGCGCCUCCAACUCGCUUGAGCUGUUCACCAGCGUCCAGCCCCUCAAUGGCGAGGAGUACCAGGCGGCUCAGGUGGACAGUCUGCGUCAUGUCCUCAGUCAAAGAGGCGUGUACAGCGAGGGCCUGUCAGCCAAUCACAUGUACAGUCCUCAAGGCCUCAACGUAAGCCCCCCCCCCCAUGUAAGAGUGUCUGAGGUUGUCAGCAGGUGACCACCUCCUUUCCCCGCCAGCACGUGCGGGAGAGAAUGGAGGCUGUGAGGAGGGAAGGGGUGAGGGGUGUUAGUGCGGGGGUCUGCUGGCUGGCGGCGGCGUGAAGUGGGAGGAAAUCCACAGCGACAAGGCGUGUCGGGAGGAGGAAAAUGGAGAGGACAGACACAAGGAGAGCGACUGGGACAGUGUUCAGAGAGCAUCACUCACGUCUCUUUGCAGCCGCCAUAAUGCUGCUGACAGCCAGCAUGCAUCACUUCCUCUGCUCUCUCUACACACACACACUUAUUAUGGGCCUGCUG